UCAGCUACGUCGCUGCUACCUGCGCGUGUGAGAGAUGCGGCCAGUGGCGGCAUGCGCUGUCGCUGCUCAGCGACAUGCGGGAGUGCAAUGUGGAGACGAACGACAUCAUUUACAACGUGUGCACCAAAGCGUAUGAGAGGUCGUCUCGCAACUUGGCAGGAUUUCCAGGCUAUCGUGGGAUUGGUCUUUCGCGUUUUCGCGUGUCUUGCGAAGCAUUGUGCGUGUGAGAACUUGUUGGGCAAGCAUUGUGAUACGUGAACGGACAUCCGUAUAGUGAAUUUGACAGCGGCUUCAAUCGCGCAGGAAGUUGCUUCGGAUAACACUGCACAGAUCCGCCCUGGUUGGCUACAGCGUUGAGGUCAGCAUUUGUGAGAAAAGAGAGAGGCGUGCAGUGAAAGCGGGGUGUUGAUUGCGAAGUUGGAGCCCAAUAUCGACAUCAGCUACAGCGCUGGGAUCAGCGCGUGCGAGAAGGGCGAGCACUGGCAGCGGGCGCUGGCGCUCCUUAGCGAGAUGUGGGAAGUGAAGCUGGAGGCUAACGUCAUCAGCUACAACGCUGGGAUCAGCGCGUGCGAGAAGGAUGUGGGUGGUGAAGCUGGAGCCCAACGUCAUCAGCCACAACGCUGGGAUCAGCGCGUGCGAGAAGGGCAAGCAGUGGCAGUGGGCGCUGGCGCUGCUGAGCGAGAUGUGGGAGGCGAAGCUGGAGCCCAAUGCCAUCAUCAGCUACAUCGCUGCGACUUGCGCGUGUGAGAGAUGCGGCCAGUGGCGGCAUGCGUUGUCGCUGCUCAGCGACAUGCGGGAGUGCAAUGUGGAAACGAGCGAAGUCAGUUACAGCUUGUGUAUCACAGCCUACGAGAGGUCGUCUCGCAACUCUGCAGGGUUCCCAGGCUAUCUUGUGAUUGGUCUUUCGCGUUUUCGCGUGUCUUGCGAAGCAUUGUGCGUGUGGGAACCUGCUGGGCAACCACUGUGACUACGUGGGCGGACAUCCAUAUUUUGAAUUUGCCAGCGGCUUCCAUCGCGCGGGAAUCUGCUUCGGAUAACAUUGCACGGAUCCGCCCUGGUUGGCUACAGCAGUGAUAUCAGCACUUGUGAGAGAGAGAGAGACGUGCAGUGAACGCGGGUCAUGCCGCUGCUUCGCGAGAUAUUGAUUGCGACGUUGGAGUAACAUAUCGACAGCUGCUCAGCGAGUUGCGGGAUGCGAUGUCGGAGCUCAAGGCCAUUUGUACCAAUUCUGAGCGAAUCGCGUGCCGAAUGUGAACUCAGUGUCUUAGCCACAUUGGCCCGGGAUGUUCCAAGGACCCGGUGCUCUGCACGAGGGCCCCAGGUGAGCCCACGACACUCCA